ACACACACUCACCGACACACACAGAGACAAGUACACAACUCCACAGAGAUAAUCUGACUGUUUUCAGCUUCAGGAUUUAGUUGUUUUGUGGCGUCACCUGGAGUCUUGUCAGCGAUCAUGAACCCAGAAUAUGACUACCUGUUCAAGCUGCUUCUGAUCGGGGACUCUGGAGUGGGGAAGUCAUGUCUGCUGCUACGUUUCGCGGACGACACCUACACAGAGAGCUACAUCUCCACCAUCGGAGUCGACUUCAAGAUCAGAACCAUCGACAUGGACGGGAAGACGGUGAAGCUGCAGAUUUGGGACACAGCAGGUCAGGAGAGGUUUCGAACCAUCACCUCCAGCUACUACAGAGGAGCUCACGGCAUCAUCAUCGUGUACGACGUUACAGAGCAGGAGUCCUUUAACAAUGUGAAGCAGUGGCUGGACGAGAUCGACCGAUACGCCUGUGAAAAUGUCUCCCGACUGCUGGUGGGAAACAAGUCUGACCUCGUUAGUAAGAAGGUGGUGGAUGCUGCCACGGCCCAGGAUCUGGCCUCGUCUCUGAAGGUCCCGUUCCUGGAGACGAGCGCUAAGAGCUCUGACAACGUGGAGCGGGCUUUCCUCACCAUGGCUUCUGAGAUCCACAAGCGCGUGGCCAGCGAGGGCGGGGGCAUGCAGGGCGAGGUCAGAGACCCCAGGGCCCAAAGUGCCAAGAUCAGUAGCGCCCCCGUGUGGCUGGGAGGAGACAAACAAACGCAGGAGGCCAGCAACUGCUGCUGA